ACCGUCAGUCGUAUUCAGUUCCUACCACAUCGCCGUCCUCCUUUCGGUUCCCGCCGUCAGUCCGUAGUCUUCUGUUCUUGCCGCCUUGACGUCCUCCGUGCUUGCUGCCUUGCAAUACUCAGUUCCUGCCGCAUCACCGUCCUCCGUUCUCGUCGGUUCGCCGUCCUCGUUUCGGCGAAUCAACGUCCUCGGCUUCAUUGUUCAGGACUUCAGACUAGUAAUUGUUUUUGGGUCCUCAAGCUUCAAACAAACAUGGCUGACAAAGCGGUUACCAUCAGAACAAGGAAGUUUAUGACUAACAGGCUCCUCUCCAGAAAGCAAUUCGUCAUUGAUGUUCUUCAUCCAGGGAGGGCAAAUGUUUCUAAGGCUGAGCUUAAGGAGAAGCUUGCUAGAAUCUAUGAUGUUAAGGACCCCAACACGGUGUUUGUGUUCAAGUUCCGCACCCAUUUUGGAGGUGGCAAAUCCACUGGUUUUGGUUUGAUUUAUGACACUGUUGAGAAUGCUAAGAAGUAUGAGCCUAAGUACAGACUUAUUAGGAAUGGACUUGAUACUAAGGUUGAAAAGUCGAGGAAGCAAAUGAAGGAGAGAAAGAACAGGGCAAAGAAGAUCCGUGGAGUAAAGAAGACCAAGGCUUCUGAUUCUGCCAAGGCUGGAAAGAAGAAAUGAGUUUUCAAACAUCAUGUUCUGAUUUUAAGGUGGUUGUGUUGGAAUUUUGUAAUGGCUAUUUUAUUUUAUAGAUUCGUAGAAUGAGAUAUUUCAGUAUAUGAUAUGUGAUCUUUUUGCCUUUCAAAUUAUUAAUCUUUAGUUUCAACUUAAGAUUGAGGAGAAUUCAGUUACUUUCGACUGUUUUCAAAUCUUUGGUAGACUGUUAUGAAUUCCUACGGUGCUUGAAAAUUUGACAGA